ACCUUUAGUGAUUUGUAUUCUAUUUUAAUUUCAGCACAUGAAAAUAUUUCUACUUCUGACCAUCGAAGAGAAUGGAAAACCAUUUUCCAGAUCAGCCCUCAUACAUCCUCCUGAUGGCCUAACAACUGAAUGACAUGUCGAUGCUGAGUAUGAUCCAUUUCAAUCAUUUGAGGAAGCUCUCCCUGAUAUAGGGGAUUGGAUGUACAAUGACGGACAUACGUUUAAUGAAGGAUUUGGAGAUGGUUUGAGUGAGGAGUGUGCAGAAGAGUCCAAUUUCAAGGACACAACAGACAAACCAAUACAUGACAAUGCAUCAGAAACCAUGGCAGAGUGCCUUCUGAUCAGCAUGGGUUAUGUAAACUGUCCUAAAGUCACAGGUAAGGCCCUAAGCCAUAUGCUCAAAAUGUUCAAGUUGCUUUAUCCCGAUAGUCUGAACACAGACUGCUUAAACAGUGUGCAGAAGUUCCAAAACUUUUUUUUAUCCCACUCUGCAUCAUCGCCUACUAUAUUACAUAAAUCCUCCAAGAAUUGUUUUGGGCCAAUAGAAAGUAAACAAAUAAAAUGCCUGCUUUGUGGGACCAGUGUGUCAGAAGAAAGGUUCUCAUCCUUUUUUUAAAGUAUGUACAGAUUGAUUUCUUGUUUACCACAGCACAUUCAUGUGCCAAAUGGGCCCUCGUUGGUGAAUAUAAACAUGCAGGUUUUUCUUUGCUGCAAGAUAGUGUAACAUAUGAGACAUGCAGUCAUGUUAUUCCCCUAUUGGAAACCUCUGCAGUACAGUAGUAUUCUUGGAUGACAUAUUGGGUAAAGUUGUUUUCCUUGACUUCACAUCUAUGCCUGGCAUAGUGAUUGCAGUUCAUUUCCCCAACACACUUGAAAAGUUUGAAAUAAUGAAGAACUGAACUGGCCUAAGAAGCCACAAAUCAAAUCUUUAAUCAUUGUUAUAAAUGCUCUGAAAAUACACACUGAUGUGAUGUUGCCGUGGAUUCUGUAAAUAUGUACUGUAUAUGGAGUAUCAUUGUUGAUGAUGUUUUUGCAUUGUGUGUAAUAUUUCAGUGGCAAAUAUAUUACAUUUACUUGUUUAAUAAAGCCACUGUCCUUUUUAAUGAAUACAUAGGCCUACUAUGCUACUGUAUUUUAAUAUUAGUCCUUAUGAUGGUGGUUGGAGAGCCAAAUAUCUUCUGAAGUGGUACUUUGUUAAAAGAGUUUGAGAACCACUGCUCUAGAAAGUUCACAAAUGUUAAAAGCUCUUACAAAGUGUCUUGUGAUCAUAUCAGUAUUGUUUGGGUUCAGUUUUAAAUCUCACAAUUGUAGUCACUGAGUUACUGUACAUGACGUGUGGAUAAGAAAUCAACAAAUUAAGUCCAACUUUAUUUAAAUAAACCAUUUAGAUUACAGACCAUAUAUCCAUAUUGUCUGAAUUCAUUAUUUUCUCCCAAUGUUGGCAUGAGAUCAACUGGAAUAUGAUUGAGGUAUAACUAAAUUGAGCCCAUUAAAAUGCAUUUUUUUAGAAAACGGGUAUAUCUAACAACUCAAAUAGUGAGCAGUGAGAGACAAAACCAAGUAUAUCUCUCACUGAGACAUCAUUGAGACAUAUUGAAACCAAUACUCAUCAAUUGUCUUUUUGCCGAAAUAGAAAAGAGACAUCUGAGAACUCAAACAGUGAGUAGUGAGAAACAAAACCAGGUGUUUCUCUCACUGAGUCAUAAUUGAGACAUAUUGGAGACCAGCUCAUUCAUCUCUCAUUUUGGUCUUAGUUGAAAUGGGGAAAAGAGAUAACUAUUAGACAACUAUGAGAUCUCUCAUAGUGCUCACUGUGAGCCUUAUUUCUCAGGAGAUACAUUUGAGAAGAAUGAGAAAACUACUUUGGUCUCCAUUAGUGCUCUUUUAUGUCUAGGAGAUAUAUAUAAGACAUACAUGAGAUCUCAUCUUCAAUUUUGCUUUGCUAUGGGAAACAAGUGUUUGAUGAGCAUUCCUCAACUUUUUCGGUCUUUUUUGACACUCGUGCCAGCUUUUUUUAAGCAUGUUGCAGGCAUCAAAUUCCAAAAUGAGCUAAUAUUUGCAAAAAAAAAAGUUUCUCAGAUCCAACAUCAAAUAUCUUGUCUUUGCAGUCUAUUCAAUUGAAUAUAAGUUAAAAAGGAUUUACAAAUCAUUGUAUUCUGUUUUUAUUUACCAUUUACACAACGUGCUACUUCACUGGUUUGGGGUUUUGUACAUGUUGACAGUACAUUGCAGUGUUAUUUUGUUACAGCCGUGCCCACUGUGUGAAGUACUUUUGCAAGACUCCUAGCAAUAAUAUUACACUUCACCAAAGAGCCUGCUGUAAAAGAAAUGACCAUUGAAUGAAGAUACAUACUCAGGUCACCGUGAUCUGAAAAGGAGAGUGAAGAAUGUUUUUGUAUUCCCCAGAUUCUAAUCAUCUUGGAUGAAUAAACAAGCAAUUCCUAAUUUCACUUGGAAAUGUGUUUACUAUAAAAGUGUAGCACUGUUUCCACACAAAAUACCUUCUGUUUUUGGAAAGAUGCCCAUGUGUGUCUUCCAGGUUGAACAUUCCACCCUUUGUGCCUGCCCGGACUGUGCUGGAAGGCCUCGAGUCAGAGGAUGCGUGUGAAGACAAGAAAGCUGUAAAAAAGGAGAUCCAUAGCAAAAAGGGAGCCAAAAAGGACAAAAUGGAAGAGGAGAAUACAGACCUGCUCAGACUUUGCCACACAGUACCGCUGGAGGUGGUGAACUUAGGUGGGAAAGGUUACGAUCCAGAGAAGAAAGACUACUCAGGUUUUGAGGCCUGGUUGCAGUGUUACUAUGUGGAUGGAAUGAAGUCUGUACGCGACCACAAUGGCAGGACUAUGUGGUUCAAAGGCGAUCCAGGUCCUAUGGCUCCUAAAGAAUCAAAGUCUCCAAAGGCCAAAAAGAGAAAAGAUACAGAUGCAGACCAUGAUUACCCCCGCAAGAAAAAGGUGUCCAGGAAACACAACUCUGACAGCACAGUGAAGAAAAAAGCAGCCAAAAAGCCCACAAAAGCAGCAAAGGAAGAAGAAAAUGGACCUCAAGAAGAAGCCACACCCACAAGAAGAUCAGCAAACACACCUCAGCAAGAACCGAAUCCACGUCAGGCAGGAGGAAAAAGAACAAUACAGAGCCAGCUGCAGGCUUCAAGACACGUAGCGGGAGACUGACAAGACGGAAUGUCAAGUAAAGGACAUCUAUUGGAAAAUACUGUUUUUAUUCCAUGAUACAUAUUUUUAAUAAACAUUCCACACGUUUAUUCUUGGCAUACUUUUCAAUCACAAUUCACAAUACAGUAAAUUAUUUGAUUUAAUGUGAAGUUAAUUAUAUUUAUAUAGCGCUUUUCUCUUGUGACUCGAAGCGCUUUACAUUGUGUAGCCCGAUAUCUAAGUUACAUUUUGAAACCAGUGUGGGUGGCACUGGGAGCAGGUGGGUAAAGUGUCUUGCCCGAGGACACAACAGCAGUGACUAGGUUGGCAGAAGCGGGGAUCGAACCUGGAACCCUCAGGUUGCUGGCACGGCCACUCUACCAACCGAGCAGAAAUGAUGGCUACCGAGCUCUACUCUUUCCUCUCUCCCUCUUGAGUACAGGUAAAAAAACCUUCUUUAUGGUGACGGCCACCUAUGUCACGUGACACAUGCUUCUGUUCCUUGUGUACACAUCCACAAACACCACGUGACAUACACACAUGAUCUGGCUCCUACAAUGACUAACAUGGCUCAUUUGCAUAAUACACUAAAAACUACUUGGGUCUCUGAGGCAGACGAUGAGAGUCCUGUAAAAUGUAUACAUACAGUGGGGCAAAAAAGUAUUUAGUCAGCAAGUUCUCCCACUUCAAAUGAUGACAGAGGUCUGUCAUUUUCAUCAUAGGUACACUUCAACUGUGAGAGACGGAAUGUGGAAAAAAAAUCCAGGAAUUCACAUUGUAGGAAUUUUAAAUAAUUUAUUUGUAAAUUACGGUAGAAAAUAAGUAUUUGGUCAACCAUUCAAAGCUCUCACUGAUGGAAGGAGGUUUUGGCUCCAAAUCUCACGAUACAUGGCCCCAUUCAUUCUUUCCUUAACACGGAUCAAUCGUCCUGUCCCCUUAGCAGAAAAACAGCCCCAAAGCAUGAUGUUUCCACCCCCAUGCUUCACAGUAGGUGUGGUGUUCUUGGGAUGCAACUUAGUAUUCUCCAAAUACGACGAGUUGAGUUUAUAACAAAAUGGAUACAUGGAUGAUACAGCAGAGGAUUGGGAGAAUGUCAUGUGGUCAGAUGAAACCAAGAUAGAACUUUUUGGUACACCAACAACAGGUAUGUCACACCUGAGAGACAUGGCACAC